AGUUUAAAUGCAGUUACGCUACAAGGCGCAAGUUAGCGAAAACCAGAAAAGACAAGGCUUCCAUUGCACGCUUGCCCGUCCGUGCUGCGGACCACAGAAUCAACGGCAAUCGAGCGCCGGAUUUGAAAAACCAAAACAGAUCCCUUCCCCUUUCCCCAUCUCCAUGGCCCCUCCUCUCUCCACAUCCCUCGCAUGGGCAUGGGUUCUUGAAGCCCUAUCCAACAUCAAAGAAGCAGACACCGGCCUCCUCCAUGCUUUGAUGAAUGCCGUUCCGGACUUGUCGUCAUCACUCAACGCCUGCAAAACCGCUAGAGAAAGGGUUUCUUUGAGAUAUUUGGAGGAAUGGAUGGUUUCUAAUUCUACAAAUGCGAGCAGUGAUGCUUCGGACAUCAACAUAUCCAUGGAUUUUGGUUCGGAUGUCGACGCCCUUGAUGUCCUCAAUGAGAUAGUGACAUCAAGUGACCUGGGGAAGUGUGGUGCUGAGUUGAAAGAAGGCCUUAGCCAGUUUAUUCUCCGAAAGAGAGCUGCUCUGCCGAAAUAUGUCAUACAAAAGCUGAAGGAUUCAGUUAUUGAAGAAUGUCGUCUCUCUGCCCCAUCCAUGAAGAAAAGAAUUUCUGCAGACAACAGUAACGAAAAUGAUACUGCAAAGAGGCUUAAGUUCAGUACCACUAAUGAUGAAAUUCAACAAUUAGAACAGAAUUCUACUGCAACAGCUCUUGAAAAUGGGAAGGAAGUCUUGCAAGAUCCUCCUGAAUUACCUCUAAAUGGUGAUUUGGAAACCACACAUCAGGUUGCCCCCCAAAAUAUUUGUGUUGAUCAAGCCAAAGAUGGUGGUGAGAAUGGUGUGCUACCGGAAAGUGGUGAGAAUGGUGUGCUGCCGGAAACACCAAGCAGCAGAGAUGGGGGUCAUGAUACAAGUCAUAAUGAUGAGACAUUUGCUGCCAAGAAGCACAUGUUUCUGAGCUCUCAGGGCCCAGUAACUCAUGAUUCUCUGGCGGCAGAUUGGACAGAACAGAAGUUUUGUGUAAAGUGUGAGGAAGGAGGUGAGCUAUUGAUUUGUAGUGGUAACAGCUGUCCAGUAACAGUUCAUGAGAGCUGCCUUGGCUCAUCUGUUAGUUUCGAGGAUGAUGGCAACUUUUACUGCCCUUUCUGUUUAUAUACACGAGCGCAUGCAGCAUACCGCAAAGCCAAGCAGAAGGCUUCCCUGGCAAGGAAAGCUCUAUCUGCCUUCAUGGGUGGGGAUACAGUGCAUCGGAACCGACAGAAACAACCACCUGAAAAAGUUUCAACAAAACCAAAGGAAUCAAGAACCAUGGGAGCCAACUGUCCUGAUAGGAUUCACGCUGAUCAGCAACACAGAGAUAUUAUUGACAAUCAUCACUGUGUGAGAGUAGCCGAAAGCCAUCAUACGACAAAGGCUGCAGUUGACUGUAAUGAUGCCAAUGUGUCAUGUAGAGAAGUGGAGGCAUCUCUAACUGGUGAGGUAGACGGUGUUUCCAUAACCAAAGGCAAUGCAGAGAUGGCAGUCGGCCAUCAAGGUGUGAGUGGGGUGAAGCAUCAGAAGCAAACCGAAACUGUCACUGACUGUAAUGUUCGUAAUUCUCCCAGUAGAGAAGCAGAGAGUUCUCCAAUCAGUGAGAAGCGUACCAGGGGCAGAAGAAAAGGUGCACCCAGACUUCAUAUUUUUGAUCAAGCGGACCCUAGUCUGCCAAAUAUUGAUGCUGAGGAAACUACAAGAAACCAGAAUGGAGAGGACCUCUCCUCUGACAAGCCUCCAAAACGCCGAAGGCCUGCUAAGCGCUAUACGAACCCUGCAUUUCCAUACGCGAGGCGAACUAAACUUCGUUGGACCAAAGAAGAGGAAGAAGCUUUAAAGGCAUCAGUGCAUAGAUAUUCAAGAAGUGGUGAUAAAAAUAUUCCAUGGACGAUGAUUUUGGAAUCCGGUCACCACGUAUUCCACAAAACUCGUACGCAGGUCGACCUCAAGGAUAAAUGGAGGAAUAUUACAAGAAAGCAGUCAACAAAAGACCGAAGACAGUAAUCUUGCCAAAGAAAAGUCCCAUAUCAUCUCUCUACCAUUGCAUGGUCAGCUAAACAAUGCUCCUGCCUGGAUCUUGCUCCAGCUUGAUGCGGUGAGUCUUCUGGAACGAUUGGCCAUUAAUAAGACAUGGUCCGUUGGUUCUGUCGUUUCACCAACUUUGGGUCCUUUGAAUUGAUCAAGUGUACGGCGGGUAGGACGUGGGUCCCAUUUGGUUCUGUAUGUUUUAGUUGAUGUGUACAAUUAGAGUCAGAGACGAGAAGUUAGGGGCAAGGAGAGAAUAGCGUAAUGCAGAUCCGCAGAGAGUUGCAUGGAUAAAAUAGCAGAUUUCCUUGUAGUUGAGACGGGCGCGCUGGAGAUUGUCUGCAAAGCAUGCCUUGGCAGAUGACUACCAGUUGGAUGAGAAGCAGGAAAUCUGAAAAUGUGAGUUACAGCUACAGAUGGGCCUGUUUGGCUGCCACCAUAAAAUCAUUUAAUUUUAAAUCUGAGAUCAUGUUGAAUGUGGGCUGUUUUCUGUGCAUAUACUUUUGAAAGGUUCUGUUUCUUCUGCCCCACUGCAUAGGUUUCCACUGGGGACACGUGUGCGGAAUCAUAACCAUCCACAUGCCGCUGCAGAUUGCGAGAGUGAUGCCCCAAGUAUCAGCCUCAUCCAGAGUGUAGGUGGGUUGUACUUGCAUUGUGCGGUUGAGGAGAAUUUAAAAGACCUCUUGAGAUGGGUUAUUUUCAUUCACAUCUGAUUUCACGCUGUAAUGUAGUAGACUGGUGUAGUUUGUACAUACUGCGACCCUGUUUGGGAUAAAAGAAAUGAGAAUAUGAAUUUGGUAAA